AUGAACGGAGCUUCGAACAAAAUGGAUACCUCUACCCCGUCUCAGUCGUCCAGCGCGGACCGGAUGGCUGGCCUGGACCACGCAGAGGUUCGCUAUUUUACGAGCUACGAUCACCAUGGCAUUCAUGAGGAGAUGCUUAAAGAUGAAGUUCGCACAAGAUCAUACCGAGAUGCUAUUUACCAAAAUCGUCAUCUUUUCAAAAAUAAGAUAGUACUCGAUGUGGGGUGCGGGACUGGUAUUCUCAGCAUGUUUGCCGUUCGCGCAGGUGCCAGCCAUGUUAUUGGUGUUGAUAUGUCCUCCAUCAUCGAGAAGGCCCGCCAAAUCGUGGCAGUCAACGGCAUGGCAGACAAGAUCACCCUUCUCCAGGGCAAGAUGGAAGAAGUACACCUCCCGUUUCCCAAGGUCGAUAUCAUUAUAUCGGAAUGGAUGGGCUAUUUCCUUCUCUACGAAUCCAUGUUGGACACUGUUCUCUACGCUCGCGACACCUAUCUUGUCCCCGACGGCAAGAUCUUCCCAGACAAGGCUACCAUAUACCUUGCUGCCAUUGAGGAUGGAGAGUAUAAAGAUGACAAAAUCGGAUUCUGGGACAAUGUAUGGGGUUUCAACUAUUCCCCCAUGAAAGACGUCGCCCUCACCGAACCCCUUGUCGACACCGUCGAAUUGAAAGCCUUAGUCACCGAUCCAUGCCCCGUCCUUACCCUUGAUCUCUACACAGUCACCACCGCCGAUCUCGCCUUCACAGUCCCCUUCAAACUCACCGCGAAACGCAGUGAUUUCAUUCACGCCAUCAUCGCCUGGUUCGAUAUCGACUUCACCGCAUGCCACAAGCACAUCCGGUUCUCUACGGGUCCCCACGCCAAGUACACCCACUGGAAGCAGACAGUGUUCUAUAUUCGUGAAGUCCUCACUAUUGAGGAGAACGAAUCUGUCACUGGUUUUCUGAAGAAUAAACCUAAUGAGAAAAACAAGCGUGAUCUCGAUAUUAAGAUUUCGUACACGUUCGAGACGGAAGAUGGGAUUCGUGCUGCGCAAGGCAGCUGCGAGUACAAAAUGUAA